CCCGUCCCUGUCGCCGGGCCGGGCCGAAACCCCGCUGUACCGACUUUACCGCGGCCGGCUCAGCAGCCCAGUGCAGUGUCAGUCGAGCACCCGCGACGAGCGGAACCGAUCGUAGCAGCAUACCUAAAAGAUGGCGUCUCACGGCGUGCUGGAGAACUCCCCCAAUGCGGCCAUCAACAAGGCCGUCAUCGGGCGGCUCAUGGAGCUGCCCCUGCCGCCCAACAAGGUGCUGGCCACCUACGUCUGGAUCGACGGCACCGGCGAGAACCUGCGUGCCAAGAGCCGGACCCUGGACUUCAUCCCCAAGGCGGUGAGCGACCUCCCCGAGUGGAACUACGAUGGUAGCUCGACCUACCAGUCGGAGGGCAGCAACUCCGACACGUACCUCAGGCCCGUCGCCAUGUACCGGGAUCCGUUCCGUGGCGGCGAGAACAAGCUGGUGCUGUGCGACACCUACAAGUACAACAAGAAGCCCACCGAGACCAACCGUCGCGCGGCCUGCGCCGCCGCCAUGGAGGCUGCCAAGGAGCACGUCCCCUGGUUCGGCAUUGAGCAGGAGUACACGCUCCUCGACAUGGACGGCAGACCGUUCGGCUGGCCCAAGAACGGCUUCCCCGGCCCCCAGGGCCCGUACUACUGCGGCGUGGGCGCCAACAAGGUGUACGCCCGCGACAUCGUAGAGGCUCACUACCGCGCCUGCCUGUACGCCGGCAUCAACAUUUCCGGCGAGAACGCCGAGGUCAUGCCUUCCCAGUGGGAGUUCCAGGUCGGCCCCUGCGAGGGAAUCUCGGCCGGUGACGAGCUGUGGAUGGCCCGCUUCCUGCUGCACCGCGUCGCCGAGGAGUACGGCAUCGUCGUGACCCUGGACCCCAAGCCCAUGCCUGGCGACUGGAACGGCGCUGGCGCCCACUGCAACUUCAGCACCAAGAGCAUGCGCGCCGACAACGGCAUCCUUGAGAUCGAGAAGGCCAUCGACAAGCUGUCCAAGCAACACCUGCGCCACAUCCAGGCCUACGAUCCCCACGGAGGCAAGGACAACGAGCGACGAUUGACUGGACGCCACGAGACCUCAUCCAUCCACGACUUCUCCGCAGGUGUGGCCAACCGCGGUGCUAGCGUGCGCAUUCCCCGUGCUGUCGCCGAGGAGAAGAAGGGCUACCUUGAAGACCGCCGACCCUCAUCCAACUGCGACCCCUACGCCGUGACCGAGGCUCUUGUCAGAACCUGUGUUCUCGAAUAGAUUACCACGACGUUGAGGCAACACCGGAGCAAGAUAUUUAUCUAAAUUUUAUAUUUUGUGUAUAGCGAGGGAGAGGUGUAUUGAAGUGACAGCAGAACUUAUUUUUGAUACGCUUUCUUGUUUUGGUAUUUGGUCACAUUUUGAUCUGCCUAAAGUCUCAUUUUUGUAUGCAUCUCCCCACCCCUCCCUACCAGAGUAAUAUCCAAAAUAGGAUGUGGGGAAGAGUUUGUCUUUGUGUGUUGCUCUCGAGUAUUGUGCGCUUAGAAGUCAAAACCCAGAUUCUAAGCAGGCUCAGAUUUCUUGUGGCUAGUGUGCCAGGUUUACCACACCAGAACAUAUUGGAGAGCUGAGAUGUGUGUGAUUAUGCUGUAACAUUCUCAUUUGUCCUCAUUCGAGGCCGUGAUCAUAUCUUUCUGUGUGCUGUUUUGAAUUUACAUUCAAAGAUUGCUAUGCUUGUUUUUGUAAAUAGUGCAUCAAGGGCGAAACUGUUACUACUAUUAUUCCAAAUUUAUUUGACAUUUAGUUAGUCCAUAUUAGCGAUGUGUCUUUAUGUAUUUUAGGAAUGUAUGUAGAUCAUACUUGUUAAAUGUCAGUUAUAACCUGUAACCUUCAUCUUGAUAACCAUUUCACUCUCUUAUAUUUCCCAAUUAUGUAUACUUUCAUCUAGUUUGUGUAAAUGCAUAAAUGUACGUACAUGUGUAUAUAAAUGUGAUGUCUCUGUAA